AUGUUGAGAAAUACAUCAAGUCUAUUGUUUUUAUUCGGCGGAGUUGCCUUGAGCCUAGCAAUUUCCAGAACGCCCAUCAUAAGGGAAGGUUCCACGGAUAUUGCAACAGCGCCAUUCGAUAAGGUCGGCGAUGGGUAUUAUUACUUCGAGACGAGAAAAACUGGGAAUUGGUUUGAGGCAUUUGAAAGUUGUCGUCGAAUGAAUGCCACAUUGAUAAGCUUUGAUACCAUGCAAAAGUGGAUUGAUAUUACCAGCUAUUUAGAGCUUUUUAAGGAUGAGUUUCUAUACUGGACCUCAGGUAAUGACUUGGGCCACCAAGACCAACACGUUUGGUUUGGCAGUGGACAUCCAAUUGGCAUUCCUAUUUGGGCUCCAGGUCAACCUGAUAAUGAACUAAACGUUCAGCACUGCGAUCAACUGGGCUUUAGAAUGCCCAAUACACAAGAUAAGAAGGGUCUGGACGAUGCCAAUUGUCUACACGAAAAGCGCUUUAUUUGUGAGGUACCACAACCCUAUACAGCCUCAUUUGUUAUAUGGAAAUAGCAGCCGAAAGGGUUUAAACUUAAAAAAUUAUAAAAAAGAACAUUUUUCACUUCUCAAUUAAUCAAUCACUAAGCAGAGUAUUUCUCUAUAAAAGCAAAAAUGAUAAUUACUAAAUAAAUUGUAUUAAAAAUUA